CGAACAAGCCAACCGCCUCUUGAUUAUAUCUUUAGAAUAAUAUCAACUUCAUAGCAAUAAUCAUCAACAACUGUGACUACUGCAGUACGAUAACGGCGGCAAUGACGUCUACGUUCUUAUUUGAUGUAGCCAAAUUCAAAUCACCUUUUUCGGACACACCUCGCGACUGCAGCCACCGCCUAGACAUACACUGAAAAUUCUCUACACACACACAUAUAUAUAUAUAUAUAUAUAUAUAUAUACAUAUAUAUAUAUAUAUAUAUAUAUAGAGUACAUGUAUAUAUCAAGAGAUAAACAGCAGCUGCAAAGUAGACAGCGAAAGCACACGUCGGUCAACAACGGCUCCCGCUGCAUCCACUAUCAUUGCUACAACGGAUCGGUCAAGAAUUGCAUCCUGUUUAAUGCUGUUUGUGUGGAUUGUCUUGUCGUGCAAGUCGCUGGAACCCCCCUGUUGUCGACACUGGAGGCCCACAUCUUUGUUUCCCCUCGAUAGCAUUGCCUAAUUCGUUAUCUAGUGUGCGCGUCUCAUCGGUCCUCUCGCAUCAUUGUGAAAGAGCCCGCGCUCUCAGUGUCGUUUAAGGCCCCUUGUUCUCACUAUUCACUUCGGAUUCGUUCUCUGGUGUCGGUGUUUAGAGACGAGUAGGACGGGGGCUAAUCCGUGAAUGCCUGCGUUCUUUACUGUGUUGUUUGUGCACCCCUACGGGUUCAUCGUGUAAAAGUUAAUGACACUGCCGAUGACCUUAAAGCGCUUUAGUGACAUUAAGUUGCUUCAAUUGUACUUUGUUAUUCACUCGCAUUGAAAGCUGCUUAUCCCCACUGGCUUCCCUCGGAAAAAAGUAGGAACUGCAAUUCGACAACAGUUUCUUAUUGUUUACGUCCAUGCCACAUAACGGAAAAUCGCCACAAGGAAGCGUCCAUUAUUACUAAGGAGACGGCUAACCGACCGUUUUAUUCGAGCGGACAUUGGUCCAACGAAGACCGCGUGGAAGACGCAUCACUCCGAACGCCAGCGAAACAGCCAUUAUCAGAAGAGCAAAUAUCAAGCAUUACGGCAGGAGUUGAUGAUCUGUUUGACCUCAAAAGCGGCAGUACAGGAUGUACGAAGCAGUGUCGUGACGUUUGGUGCAUGUUGAGGUCGUACCCAGUGCUACGGUUGUGAUGUGACCACCUCCCAUGCGAGAAUCCCCUGUCCCGGCCCGUUAUCCAUACCCCUCCAUCACCCAAUUUCAUCGCUGACGCUUUAUCAAGGACUACAGCAAUUACAAUAACGUAACGAGAACAACGACAGAUACGAAGAUAGGCAAACAAAAGCAAAGUACUGAGUAACUGGGAUAUUCUCUCGAGGAACCUGAAGAAACGGUUCGAGACACGCAAAAGAGAAACGAAAAGAAAAUUACGAAAAAUUUUAAAAAAAUCAGAACAUAGAACAAUCUAAUAUGGUGUAAAAAUCAGUUACAGUUUUAGUGCACAGUAAUAAAGCAGUAACAAGGAACGGUAUAACGCCAAAGCAAAGAGUUAAAACAACGAAUGACACAAAUCUCAAAUGACCAACUAUUAAUGCCGUGACAGGUCCUAUCACAGCAGAAAGCGGAAAGCCUUUCACAGGAAGAUUUGAGCUUGCCGGACCUAAGGACCACCCGAGACGUAUCGCAUUGUCUCACUGAGCUCAUCAAUUCGGAGCCCAGAUUUGGCCUUUUUCCUUCCGACCUGCUGUUUGUUUCCCUGGAUCCUUUGAUUGGUAGUCGAUAUUGACUGCUGAUAGAGGCAGGUCCGAUGCCACGGUCGUUUUUGGUCAAAAAGAUGAAGUUGCCUGCGGAUGCAGGGGUCGACAGGCUGCGCUGGGCCGCGAGCCUUGAACCCGAUGGGCCGGGAUCACCAACCGAGGCGGCGACAGCCCCCCAGCACGUUACAGUGUUUGGCAACGGUUACUAUUCCGAGCUUGAGAAGCUUGCAGACUAUGCAUGCGCUUCUCCGAAACUGUAUGUGCCAUUGGAGUGUCAGGAAGCCCGUCGAGAGACGUCGCUGCCGCGGAAAACCUAUCACGAAUUGAAAUCGGCUCACGCUGACCGUGAUUAUCAUCAACAGGAGAUCCCGUGUCAUUUGCAUCACGUUGAAAAGGAGUUCUUUGCCAAGGCGCAUAAAGCCACCUCUGAGGUUGUCAUCCAGCACAACGCAGUUCUUUCGGACAUUGACGUGGUGAGCGAAGAGACUGAAGUCAGCCGCAGCCCGCUAAGUCCGGCUCCCAUAGUCGGGGACCUCGGCUCCCUGGAGAGCUGCGAAGCAAAACAACGCGCAGGGGUUCGGAAAAGGCCGCCCAGCUGGUCCGCGGCUUCGACGUCGAGUGACAGCGAACGCUCGCUUAGUCCCGGACCCGUCCGUCGUGUUAAGGGCCCGAGUCAGACUCAAAACCAGCCACUUGGUGGCGGCAAGUACACAUGCCUUGAGUGCGGAAAGCACUAUGCCACUUCUUCCAAUCUGUCUAGACACAAACAGACUCACCGAAGCCCUGAUUCACAACUCGCCAAGAAAUGUCCCACAUGUGAUAAGGUGUAUGUCUCGAUGCCCGCUCUAGCGAUGCACUUGCUGACCCACAAGCUAAGCCACAAGUGCUCCACCUGCGGCAAGGCUUUCUCGCGACCUUGGCUCCUUCAAGGCCAUCUACGAUCACACACAGGCGAAAAACCGUUUGCCUGUGCCCACUGCGGAAAAGCGUUCGCAGAUCGCUCAAAUCUGCGUGCCCAUAUGCAGACCCACUCCGGUGCUAAACAUUUUCAAUGUCCCAGGUGCUCGAAGAGUUUUGCCCUGAAGAGCUACUUAAACAAGCAUAUGGAGUCAGCGUGCCACGUAACCAGGGACGAGGCUCAGCUGCUCGAGGAAGGCGAAGUUAUCCUCGCUACAUCUAAUAAACCUUAAGCUCUUCACUCACAUUUCCAUCUACAGGGUUCCGAAGCUUAGCAGGAGCCCCGACGUUAAGAAAGUAGCACGCUACAAGUCAGCAGGUUUUUACACGUUCUUCCUAUGAGGUCAGCCAAAAAAAGAAAAUACCCAAUAAAUGACAUGCAAGUCUACCCACGCAAACUGCUUCCCGUGUCGAAGCUUUGCCCCUUCCGUCGGACACUGCCUCCUGUGAGGGGGGGGGGGGGGGGAAGAUAACUUGCAAGCUUUCUCUAUCCAUCUUGUUGAUACGGGAUCACCCUUUAAUACAUUCAAGGUAUUUCUCAGCACAUAGUCACACUGGCGUAGCGUGGUUGUGUGCAUUCGCUAACGGCAACUAGAGAGAGUAUUGGGAGAUGACAGCAAAAUAUUAAUACUGUCUUUGACGUUCAUAGAUUCGUAAAGAUACACAUAGAUAAAGACGGACAUAGGUCGCGCUAUUUGUUAUAACAAGCACAUUAGUUACAUUACGACUUACCCUAUUAUAGUUUAAUAUUUGUAUACUUUUUGCCUGAGCAGUUAAGUACUACAAGACUACGUUAUUGGUGAUCCCUGUGUAUAAGCUGGUGCGGCGCCUGUCAUAUACAGAACACCGAGUAGAAAAUACUUGAGAGAUUUAUUGCAACGAUGAGAAUGGCUACUAUAAUUAUUAUUAGACGACUAUUAUAUUCACGUAAGCAUUACUAUUAGACUACCACUACUAGCGCAAAGUUUAUUUAAACUUGCUUUUUUCCGUAUAAUACAGUAUACGAAAAAAAGCAAGUUAGAAUACGUGUACACGAAGAAAAGCGACACCCAAGCAGAGACAACGUAAUCAGAGACAGGUGCAAAACGAAAUAUGUAUGUAGCAGUCAGGAAUGGAAGCGGGAAAUAUAUUCAUCAUAUACCGUUGUUUCUCGGUUAUCCCCCCGCUUUUGUCUGGGUGUCCGCCUAACCAAUAAGUUUACUCUACUACUACAAGGCCAGCCCUGACAAAAUGCAAGAAGGUUCCUCCGUGAUACGAACAGACCCGGGGGACGCUCGCCGUCUGCUGGAACAUGGCAACCCACAAGCAAGACGGCAAAACAUGUCCGUCUUCAAAUGGUCACGUCAUAGGCGACCAUAGUCAACCGUGGCCGCAUUGCGAAUAGCCCAUUGCAUUGAGGCCCGAAAAAGGAGCUGUGGUUUUCGUGGCGCUUGCUCUCACGGUCCUGCCCGGCCAAACUGCUGCUCUUACCUACGUGUUGUGGACAGUGACAAACCUCUAGCUUCUCUCGGCGCGGGCUUAGGCGUGCCAUCUAACCACCGGACGAAAACGCUAGCGAUAACAACGCGGCUGACAAGCAGGCCGCUGUCCGAACUGGAGCAGCCAUUGUCGUUGGUGUAGAUAGCAACGUUGUUGAAGUCAUAAUAACAGCUGCAGGAGCAGCGACGGCGGUUUCGAAAUGCCCCAAGAAAUACACUGACGAGUCCGUGAGUCUCUCAGGCGAAGAAGGAACAGGCCAUGAAGAAAGUCAGAAAAACACGUAGAGAAAUAACAAGAUAACGACGGCAACAACAAUAACGGCAGCAGCGGUAGACGCCGUACUCGCGAAAACGUGGCAACGACGCCGCUGCAACAACGCCGGUAGUGGCAGCAAUAAUAAGGAGCAUAGCAAUAAUCGCAUGGGAAAACAGAGAUACAAAAAGGUUUGUCAUGGUGAGCACGAAAAGCAUACCUGGAUUCGUAGAAGCACGCUCAAAGAAGCAACUAAAAAGACUGAUAGUGGUUCUAGUGGUGGUGGUAGUGGUUUUGGGGGGCGUGGGGCACAGUACCCCAGAGUCACAACUGUCACUGCUGUCGAUGAUGGCAAUGGCAAAAUGGUGCGGUCUAAUCACCAAUGGGUCGUUACAAAAUCAUGGCCCCGUGAUGGCAUCAAGACGGCCUCGCAAUUUUGCGGCUGGAAAAGUGCGAUUGGGUUUUGGCUUCUAAGUUGGGCGUUGGUUAGAUAGAGGAGAUAAUAUCAAAGAUUAACGUCGAGAGAGAAAAGAGAUUAAGGGAAGAACAGACGUGGGGAAAACGAGAUUUCGAGCUCAAAUUAAGGGGGAAAAACGGAAUCCAGAAGGCUGGAUUGAGCGAAGAGUAACACAUUGCACUGUCUCUAUGUGAUCAUGUGCUUGGAGGCAGACUGGUAGGUAACCUACGACCGCCUAAUGUGCAACAAUAAAGAAGACUGAGUCUGAGUAACCGCAAAAAGAUGCGGUUCAGACAAUUAGGUUCAACAAUCUCGAGCAAACAGUGGAUAAUGGCCAAACUGAUGAUAAUCAGACAACGUUAUGUUCAGGCACUAUUCAUAAUCGUCUGCUGUCUGGCGUUGCUGUCACUGUUGCCGUCCGCCGAACGAUCCAGCUGCUCUGAAGUAUCUUGCCAGAAAUAUUUCACUCAUAAGUAAUGUUAACGAAACGUCAGAACGAAUUUGAGUUGUUUUGAAGCUUUUGCUUUUGUAGGUCAACCUGGACACGAUAUUCUAAACCGAAGAAUUAGCAUUUUUUAGAGCAAUAUUUUAAAUAGUAGCUGAUUAUUUUUCACUCGCUUCGUCUACCGAAAACAAAGUCACAAAAUGAAUAUUUCAAUUUUUCGGGUGAUUGAGGUACGAACUGAGCAUCGACCCCGUCACCACCACUAGGGGUAAUGUCCUAGCUCAAAGUUUUAGCUGGUUGUCCACAUCUGGGUGCUGGCUGGACGAGGUCGCUAAAUUUAUUUCAACGCAAGAUGGGAUCUAUCUCUCCUUCGGUCCAGAUACCAAACGACCAAAAGGGCGAAAAGUCAACCGCUCGAAUUACGUUCGUAAGAUUCGAGCGGUAAAAUAAAAAAAAUUCGGUCUUUGCCGCGGCACACGGAGGGAUGCAUUGAGGUAAGGGAUAGAACUGCACUAAAAUUCAAGCGACACUACAGAUACUAAAAGUUAAUAUGAAACAGGUAAAUAAAAGAAAUAUAGCAACAGGGACGGCGAGUCUAUAGAAAAAAAACCAUACGAUGAAGAUCACAUAAUAAAGGUAACUUACACGCACUUGUGGCGAGACUGCAAACGCGAAAGUAGCUAGUGCGAUGAUCAACGUAUGAACUAUCUAGAACGAUGCACUACACUAUACUAUAAUGUAAUACAAAAAUCAAUGAGUCCCAGUGACACACUCGUACAGAUAAUCUAUAUUUUUAGAGUUAGAUAUUUCGGAACUUCGUAUGCUUAUCUAUACAUACGAUAGAUACUAAUCAAGUUCCGAUGGCAAUAAUCUAAGAGAACGAAUAGAGCAGAAUAUGGCUCACCUGAGAGUAGCCGUCUGAUUCUUAAGACAAAUAAUUUUAAUGAAAUAUGGCUGCAUUGCUAUAUUUACUAUGUAUGAGUACAUAGUAUGAAAAGUAUGCGAAAAUAGCUAGAAGCAGAAAUAUCUAUAGGGUCCCUAUGAUAACUAAGAUAUGAGAAAAAAAAUCAGAAGACAUUAAUUAUAUAGGGGACGUAAUCUCGGAACGUAAAUGCCCUGCUAUUCAAACAAGAGCUUCUUAUGAUUUUGAAACUACGCAGGAACUAUGAUACAGUGAACUUAUAUAACUAAGCUUUAUGAUGAUUUGUUAGCUUUUGGGUCCGUAUCUUCUAAACUACUGUUUCUCUAGCAAUAGAGAAUGCUGACGUUUACAACUUACUUAUGCCCGACCUGUGCAGCGUUCCCAUCAAAAUAGACAAUAGUAUGAUGUAAAUCGAGUCCAUUAGCGAAUUAAUUAUGGCGAUUAUUUCUGUCUGGAAUCCUACUGGAAGUGUCUCUGUAAGUUACUCUGUGCAUCACACGGGGGUUGCACACCUCGUAUUUGUUUCCGGCAAAAAGCUACCAAGCCAAAACAGAUCACUGUUGGACGACCGUUGACAACGGUUUCGUAGGUCGUCAACAAUUGAUGGCAUGCAAAAGGUUUACGUUAACCCUCUGAAUAAUCAAUACUUUACAUAGUAAUUAUCAAACAGAGUACGUGAGAGCGAGGAGCUAACCGGGUUUAUAUGAAUAUUAAUAUAGAACGCAAGGGGUCUAUAACUUAGGUGCUAACUAACUCCAUUCUCUCACAGAGUGCACAGUCAUUACCCAGUUCUUAGGUUUAGUAUAAAUGAAUGAAGAGUCAAAGUGCUUGCUAAUUUCUAACAGUUAAAUGUAAGAUGAUGAAUGACGACCGAUUGAUUCUUACAGACUAUAAUUAAUAAUUACUAUAAAUAAGACUAAUAGUUACCCGACUCGGGAGGCACGGCGCGAAAGCGUCGUUUCAUGACCAUCAGCGGGCGGCGGAGAUAAAAAUCUACCCUUCGAUUAUGUAGCCAAGCGUAGACUAUCUAGGGAAUAAAUUCAGAGAGACACUUCGCCACUAAUCGAAACGGCGAAGUAGGGCCGUUCUAAUGUACCUUACUUUGGGCGAUAAUAUGAAGUUUUGUGCUCAAAGAAGUUACACGUAGUUAUGUUUUUCGAGCAAUAAUUACUUGUAUGUGUGUGUGUGUGUGUGUGUUGCCCCAUACGUCUAGGAAAAUGACACUAGUCCAAUAUGAGAGAGCACGAAUUGACAUCAGAUAACUUAUCGCGAUCAGAUGCUUGCGAUAACUAUACAACUGUACUAUACAUCGCAUUGUAUUCGUUCCUCGAAUAUGUCACCUAAAUAAUUUGAUUUCAGAUGGAAAAGGUUAGUGCAAGCUUGCAUGAUCCUACAUUAACAACCUGCUCGCUCCGAGAUAUCUGCUCAUUUAGUAAACACGGUCAUCGGCUCAAUUGGCACUACUUGAAAUCGGAAUGUCCUAAACCGACCUACUUUUUGUCACUAGCUACUAGUAUCUCGUAAACACGUACCUCUAAUGUGUGUGAUUUGUCUGCAUGUAUCCUAGUAAUAUUGCACGCCGCAUACCAUAAACACGUAACCGUAAUUCAUAUUGCCCGCCGCCUCCAUAGCCAUCACUGUAGACCUAUGCGAGGCAUUCGAUUGCCGCUGGCGUCUAUGCAACGUCAUUACUUCGACUGUAAAUGAGUCAUAACGAACGCGCCGGUAGGGAUUGGUCCGGCGAUCACAAUGACGUGCUAAGCUUAUAAGCUGAGCUCAUAAUCUUAAUCAUAAUAAUAUCUCUAUUUGCAUAUAAUCGAUAGCUGUAUAAAGGACAAGUACGAGUGACUUACGAGUACGAGUACGAGUGAAGGACGUGCCUAAAAAGCCACUCCAUAUCAAUAAGUUCGAAGACGACCUUAUAAUGAAAGCUUUACAAUUAAAUAUCGUUUAGUUCGCAGCUAUUCCAUUGAUAUAGGUAGUUUUUAAUCCUAUGUCGUACUUGGCGAACGAAAAAUGACUUCUCACUAAAAGAAAAAUCCUAGCAGCGAUGUGGCCACCUGACCCGAAUCAAUUAUCCGAUCAAUGGCAAAACACUAUAGAUAUACAACGAUCUAAAAUACAUUUACGUUCUAUAGGCGAUUUAUUUUACACAAUCUUUGCGCAAUCCCACCCUGAUCGCUCAUUAGGGUCGUUUGUAUCGGUUGUAUUUAACCAAACACGGGAUUACCCCACAAUCGAUGUAUGUAUAUCACCCAACGACGGGAGGCCAACUCUAUCGAUCAUCACCGUCUGAUCGAAUGCCGUUUUAUUCAACCUGGUGGCAGUUUUUGUCUCACUCGAUUGAUAAUGUAAUAUAUAUAUAUAUAAUAGUGUACUAUAUAUUUGUAUAUUACGUAUAGCGCAAUUUUCCCCAACGAUAAUAAUAUUGACUUUUUGAUACCGCGCUAUGAUAAUAUGGGCAUCGUUUUCUUACCUAGUGAUAAGGAGCACAACUACUAUUCAAUUCUACCAUUAGCCUCGAAGGUAUAUCUCCUUGGAAAAAAUAAGGGCGUCAUCACUUAAGUAUUAACAUGGUGCGGUGCCUCCUGAUGAACCGAAGCAAACGGGUCGGCGUACUGACCGUUGCUCUACAUAAACUAUAACAAUGUAAUUUGUAAUAAUCAUCAUAUAUAUAUAUAUAUAUAUAUAUAGCUGGUUCUUUAGUAACGACCUUGAUAGUUACAUAUGUUGGAUGUAGUAGAAUGAAUCAGUUAUAUGAAAUAUAACAGAAAGUAGGAGCAACGGACGGACAAGGGAAUAAUUAGUGUGUCCGAGUGGAGGUCUGACAACGAACGCGUCGAAAGACGUUUAAUCAACGACAAGCUUGAACCGUUCCAGCCCGAGCCGCUGAGAUCCUGAACGAGAUCUUCACGCUUCUUUCGAGGCUUGGCCGCAGAGCUUGCAGAGACUAUCAAAGCAGCCGUAUAUUUUUCGCUAAAACAAGGAGCAAGAAACGCACGCUUGCUCGUUGUCGCUAGCUUUAGAUGGGCAGCGUUUAAUAGAGCUUUGGUUCAGUAUCAUAACGAAGACGACAAUAGACUGAUCUAAAUGGAUUUCGUAUCGUACCCAUUUCAAACGUUAGUUGAAAUUUCUAUUAGACAGUAAAGGAGCAUAUAAAAGCUUAAAACGAAUAUGUAAAAUAAUAUGGCUUAUCGAAUGACGGCUCCAAUUUCUAGAAAGUAUACUGAACGUUGUACGACGGGGCGUGUGCUAUUGGCCUCCUGUAAAAUCGCUACUCAAUGAAAAUGGUACACUAAUAUGCAUUUUGAUUUUUACCUCAUCGUCAGGUCUGGUACUUACUUAGAAACGGAAAAGUACCAUGCCUGAACCGAAAUUACCGAUCUGAAAUGGUUCUUUUUUAUAUUGUUUUAGUGUUAACAACUUUCAUCAUUUUGAUAGCAUUGCAGAACUUUAAGAGGCGAUAUCCGUCUUGCGGCAUCAAACUCAAUGUGAUGGCUUAUUGAUAGCUCUAUAUUAUAUAGGAAUAGCAGUAUAAAACAUAGAUCAUAUUUACCAUGUUUCUAUAAAUCUGGAUACACCUAGAAUGACUACGAGCCAGACUACAAUGGGCUUUUUUUGCUGCUUCCAUCCCCCGUAGCCAGAUUCUUCUAGCCGCCAUCUUUGAUUGCGUAUAGAUUGACAGCAUGAACGCAGGUCGGAUCAGCACAGAUUGUAUAGAAAACAAGCUGUUUAAUUCAAACUACCGUUGUUAAAUGUCAUAAGAAAUAGCAACCACGUUAAAUAUAUAGACGAUAUGAGCUAGUUAUGGGCAAAGGAAGCGUCGACAGCUAGGUCGGACCUUAAGUAAACGCCCGACCCCAACGAAUGUCAUCUAUAAAACCAGAGGCCUCUCUGAACAUAGCAAUAAGGGCGUGUAUUCACUCAAAGCAAUAAUGCAAAGCAAUAACAACCCUAUGUUAAGAUAAAUGAUAACAGAAAAAAAAA